UCUAGCUUAUACAAAAAAAAAAAAAAAAAGAAAAAGAAAAGAAAAAAAAAAGAGAUCCCAUUAUGGAAAAAUGAAAAAUCAAAGCACCACCUGCUAGGCUAGCGAAGACGACGACCACGAUGUGGGCAAAGCCCAAGUGUUCCAGUGGCCUGGUCUCCCUCACGUCCAUUGCGUGAAUCCGGUCACCGCCCCACCCUGAGCCCCAGCCGUGCCGAGCGGCGGAGGAUCGAUGGGUGCCGUCACCCGCCAUCCCCUCUCCUUCUCCGCCUUCCCCACUCUUAGCCCCAGAGGCCACCACCCGCGAGCAUUCCUCUUGUCUUCUUCUUCUUCUUGGCUCGAGCUCGUGGGGAAUCGGCGGAUUCUUCCCUCACCGGGGCGUCCGGCUGUUCGAUUUCGUCCUCCCCAGGCGGCGAUUUCGGCCCGAAGAGAAGAAAUAUUCGACCCUGAGCUGCGUUCUGUGCUUGAACUUGCUACUGAUGAUGAAUUGUAUGAACUGGGAAACAUUCUCUUUGGGCCAAGCUACUUCAGUCCCUUGCUAAAAUCAAUUACAAGCAAAGAACAUGCUGAUUUUCUUAUGGGGGGAGAGGUUGUUGAGGAACGAGAAGAUUUUAUAUCACAUUUAGAGGCAAGAUUCUUCUACCUUGCAGCAGAUGCCCGUUCAACAUUGCGGGGUUGGAGACCAUCUUACAGAAAUGUCUUACUUGAUCUGAGGAGAAAACUGGGCAUUCCAUGUUCAAAGAAAUUGUCUACAGAAGACCUUGAAGUUGAAAUUUUUCUUCACAUGUUGAAUGAAUAUUCAAGCAAGGAGCUGGGUGGCAUUUCUUUGCCAUGGGACGGCACCAAACAUUCAAAUGGUCAUGGAAAUCUCGAAGUUGGACUCAGCCAGUGGAAGGUGCAUGCUUUUUCUGCAUUGAGAUUUGGGGCAAAAGAACUCCAGCAAAUAUUUCUGAAGGGUGGUGGCAUGUUAGCUGUGACAAAGAUUUAUGAAAUGUUAGCUCGGAGACUAUGUGGAAAGAUCUUCCUGGAGGCUGCAAACUAUGAGAUAAAGCAUGAAAUUGUAAAACGGGGCUUGGCUCAUGCUGCAACAAAGUAUCUUGGGCUGAAGAGUUUUAUGAUGUUACUUGGGCCACUGAUGUGGGGGACAUUUCUGGCGGACAUCGUUAUUCAAAUGCUUGGCACUGAUUAUGCUCGGAUUCUGCGGGCAAUCUAUGCAUUGGCUCAGAUCCGCCUUACACGGACAUAUGGUUGGACUUCGAAACAAUGAGUGAUGGGUGGUUCUAUUUUUACAUGUCAAUGUCUUGUCUGCGUUGGUUAGGUCAGCACAUAUUGAAUUGGUUGAAGCUGCCGUCCGGAUGUUCUUUGCGGUAGCACUGCCCCUUUUGGAGCUCCAAAGCUCCCUGUAAAUGUUUUCUUCUUUGUUUUUUGGUUUGGUAAGAUCUCGGAUAUAUUGUAGUUUCUUUAACGUGCACGGCUCCUCCACCUUUGGUGGCUUACGGUGAAGGUGUUUUUUUAAAAAAAAAAUUAAAGAUCAAUUUAAUUAUAAAAUUUGCAAUCAAUGUUAAUAUUGAAAUAA